GUAGGAUGGGUGUGAGUAAGUGGGAUGAAAUGGGGAAGGUGACAGUGGUAGGACAGUAGAUCAGAGACUAUUUUUACCCCAAGGUCAGCUUCAUGGAGACUCAUGAGGUCACCAUGAGUCAGAAUGGACUGGCAACCAACAACAGGGUCAGCCUAAAUUGGGGAGCAGUUUGUAUGCUGGUUUAGGCCGAGAAUGGGUCAAAGUCAAGGGACCCGGGGGAGAGACCUUCACUACAACUUGAUAAAGUCAAGGUAGCCAGUAUUUUGUCCAUAUGGGUCAGCUGGUACAAACAGUUCAGCUAAUCCUUUUAUGAGGAAAAGAAUGGGAAUUUGGUGGGUCUAUGUCUGACAUUGUCAUAAGUAAACAAAAGGGGAUUUCUAAGUCUUAACUAAACCGUAUGGGGGUGAUUGUUCCACGCAGUAAGCCAUUUCUGAAACACAAAGGGGGGGUGGGGAAUUUCUUUAAACACUGCAGGAUCAGGCAACGUUCAGCAUUGUCAGAAUGCAGCGACAUCUCUCCAUGGAUUCAACCAGAAGCUGAAGAAGUACAAAGUAAGGCAAAGGAGAAUGAAAGAAGUAGAUAAUCUUGACAGUAUAAAAGAAGAGUGGGUUUGUGAAACAGGAUCUAACAAUCCACCUGUCUGUGGUAAUCGACAAAGGAAUUGUGAAUAUUUUGUUGAUAGCCUUUUUGAGGAAGCUGAGAAGGUUGGUGCCAAAUGCUUGUCACCCACUGAAAAGAAGAGACAGGUAGAUGUAAGUAUAAAAUUAUGGAAAAAUGGAUUCACAGUCAAUGAUGAUUUCAGAAGUUAUUCUGAUGGUGCAAGUCAGCAGUUUCUGAACUCCAUCAAAAAGGGGGAAUUACCUUCAGAAUUACAAGGGAUUUUCGAUAAAGAGGAGGUGGAUGUUAAAGUUGAAGAUAAGAAAAAUGAAGUAUGUAUGUCAACGAAACCUGUAUUCCAGCCCUUCUCAGGACAGGGUCACAGAUUGGGAAGUGCCACACCAAAAAUUGUUUCUAAAGCAAAGAGUAUUGAAGUUGAGAAUAAAAACCAUCUGUCUUCUGUUCCGUUAAACAACCUGGAGCCCAUCACUAACAUACAGAUCUGGUUAGCCAACGGGAAAAGGAUUGUCCAGAAAUUUAACGUUUCUCAAAGGGUAAGCCACGUCAAAGACUUCAUCGAAAAAUACCAAGGAUCUCAGAGAAGUCCACCCUUUUCUCUGGCAACAGCUCUUCCUUUCCUCAGAUUGCUAGAUGAGACACUCACUCUAGAAGAAGCCGAUUUACAGAAUGCUGUAAUCAUUCAGAGACUCCAAAGAACAGCUGAGCCUUUUAGAGGGCUUUCCUAGCAUUGGUUUUUGAUAGACUAAGUGGGAAAUUUGCAGAGAAAUGAUGGUUUUAAGUUGACAUGGAAACCAAAAUGGGGGAAAGGAAUAGUCAUGUUCACUGGACUUUUGGUUCAAGUACUAUUUAACUCUGAGAAGAUUUUUUAAUAAGUGCAAGUUAGUGAAGUAAAAAUAUGACCAGAAACUAUAUUCAGUGUACUUUUUCCAAAAGGCUGCUCAGACAGAAUAUACUUAUUUUCAAAUACCAGUUAAUCAGUAUAAAGUAUAUUAUAAUAGCUAAUAUGUUCACAGCACCAUUCAUUCAAACCAGUGUUCAUUACCUUCCCAGAUGGCAGAGACUUACUGAAAUGUUAUCUGUCUCAGAUUAAAAAGAUGGCAAUAAAUUAAAAAUCAUGCAUUGCAGGUUUAUUAUUGUAUAACUGAUAUACAAUUAAAAGGCUGGAAGGUACUGUUUUCAACACAGCUAUGCCUUAGCCUCAAAGUGUUCUCAACUUUCAUUCUCUAGUGGCAGGAUAUACUCAAAUAUUAAUUGGGCGACAGUACCUAAGAUACAUUUUCAUUUAAAGUUCUUUUCUCUCCAGGAAUACCAGUCCACCUUCUUUCUAUUUUAUUUCUUUUGAAAACUAGAGCUUUGUUUUUAGCUGACAUUUGAGAUUAGUCAUUCAUUUGCCAGCACUCAUUUAGUAUCUAAAGUCUGUGUUGUCACAUUAUUAAAUUAAUGGAUAUUUUUAAUUGCAUCACAAAGUAUGGCUUUUUAUCUCAUACAUCAGAGUCAACCUGUAUACUCAUUAUACUCUGAUGCCACCAAGGAAACCAUGGUUUAUAUCUUAGACUUAACUAAAACCAGUUAGACCUUGAGAGUUCAUUGUCAGAUUAAAUUUCCUUGCCUGAAAAUGGUAAGUUUAAGAAGCUCUUUUGUUGGUGGAUUAUUGAAAUCAGAUUUGCAGUGAAGUAUGUAUUCAGGGUGUCAAGGCACUAAGUGCCGUGCCUACUGCCUGUCUUGGUUAUAGGGCACUGGAUGUAUGCUGUAAAGCAGCAGUUCUCAAACUUCCUGGUCCCAAGACCUUGGCUUAUGUGGGGGUUAUAUCUGUCACUAUUAUAUGUGAAAUUAAAACAGUUUCAAUAUAUUUAUUCAUUUAAUAAUGAUAAGCAUAUUUCACAUCAACAUAAACAAUAUUUUUAUGAAAAAAUAGCUGUCUUACAAAACAAAAAGAAUUAGUGAGAAAAGUGACAUUGUUUAGCAUUUUUGCAAAUGUCAUUAGUGUCUGACUUAAAGAAGACAGAUGGAUUCUUGUAUCUGCUUCUGCGUUCAAUCUGUUGCAGUAUCGCAGAUCGUAUAGCCACGGAAAAUGCCCCUGUACUCUCAUGAGCAAGUAAAAAUAGCAAAUAAUUUCUUGGUAUGAUUAUGAAAAUAGUUUGGACCUUAUAGACCCCCUGAAAGUAUGUUGGGGACCCCCCAGAAGUCCCCAAAACCACAGUUUGAGAACAAAUGCUAUAAAACAAGAGUUUGCAACAGCUCUCAAGCCUAGUAUAAGAGUAACUUGGGAAGCUUUUGCAAAGUCCUCUCCCUGCCACCUACCACGCAUAUUCUGGUUCAUUGUGUUUGGGAUGGGUCCCACAUCUCUGCAUUUUUAAACUUAAGUGAUUCUUAGGUAUGUGGUCAAAGAACUGCUCUUUGGGAAAUUCUGCAUAAGCUUCCUUCUUAACAAAAUAAAACCUGCAUCCUUCACCAAGGGCAGUAAAGGUUUAUCACUGAAAUGGGGCUGCUAGACCUCCACAUUGUGAUCUUAUCCUCCACAGUUUGCUCUUAGAGAAGCUGUUCCCCUUUAACCUGGAGCUAAUCAUGACAUGACCCUGUUGUAUCUCCUAUAACAGACAAGGCUGGGAACGUUUCAGUGAAGUUUUUUAUUAAAGGCUCAGGAAUAACAAAAGGAAAAUACACACACCACUAGAUGACCUGGCUUGUAGAGCUGUGUCUUCUGUUUGCAGGUCAUUUUGAGAAUGCUUUUUUUCGUAGCUUCCAGCCUUCCAUCUGGCAGGUCCAUCUUUUUAUUGGGAAGGGAGGGAGGACAGAGGAGAGCCUUUCCCUUUCGUCCUUUUCUCUGAGAAAUGAACGGGUGCAUAAAAGAAAAUAUUUAUUGUCAGCAAUGUUUACAGCAAUGUUAGAGCCCUACCUAGAAAAAAAACAAAUUAUUGUAUUCUUUUAAAAAAGGGUAAGAACUAAUGAACUUUCAGAUGUAGAAAAUAAAAUGAUUGUUAAUAUAUGCACAAGAA